CCGUCCUUGUCCUUGCUGCUGCUGCUUCACUCCGGCGGCAUAAUUGUUCGCCUCGUCGUCGAGAUUAUCGAGGACCUGAUUAAGGAAGCUACCGGCCUGGACUUUGUCAACCCAGGUUACGAGUUGAUCUAUGACUAUGAAAGUGGCUCGUAAGUGUUCCUGGGCCCCUAUUUUCCUGCUGCCUGUGGUACCUCUCGUUGCUGCCUUGAGCUGGUUGAAACUGACUUAUAUUGCAAUUACAAUAGCUUCUGGGUCACAGUCUGGCUAUUGAACUUGAUAGAAUGGUGCCCUAGAUGGACCGUUCUCCCCCAUGUGGGCGCACUUGUUUGGGACUACGGAUGGCCAAAAAGCCGAUGGAUCCUCUGGGACCGGACGCCAAUGGAAGGGAUCCUGACUGUCUGCUACCACCUGGUCCUCGGGAUCUGGUCGUGGAGGUCGGGUUUCUGUUUGGACUUUCUGCGAGACAAGCCCGCCCAUUUGCCAGGCACAUUCCCUGGACUUGAAGAGACAAUCCCCGGCCAGGCGAGCGGACCCGGACCCGAACCCGGACCCGUCGCCGAGCCUGCCGCCCAACCGGCCGAUAAGGCCGCCGUUGUAACAGUAGAGGGGACCAAGACCAAGACCCCGGUACCGGAUCAGGAAGUUGGCUCUGGUGAUCCAGACCAAGUCGACGAUACCCCCGGACCGAAGCCCGCCAGAGAGUGUGAGCUCGAGCGGCUGGUCAAGGACAACUUGAAAGAGGUCGAAAGCCUCCGGACCGAAAUCGCCAUCAUGAUGAUGAGCCAGAACUCCCUAAAAGAGGGCCUUGAUCUGCUUCUGGUCGAGAGAGAAGAGAACCGACAACAUGUCGUAGCCGCAGCAGACAUCGCCAACCUCCAGAUCGAAAUCGUCAAGCUGAGAAGGACCCUGGACUUGAUGAAGAAAAGUUACCACCCACUCACCGUCGAGAGAGAGGAGAGCCGCCAGAGUGUGACCACGCCGCCGGUGACCAAGGGUCUCAGCAAGACGGAACGACUGCGAAAGCAGUUUGGCAUCCAUCAAUCCCCGACCGGACUGACCGCCACUGGUUCGAUUGAGCACCCACGACCUCUCACCCCGUCUUGGGGCAGUCUCCUUCUCCCCCCCAAGCCCGAGCUCAACCUCACGAUUUCCCCCAUUAUGUCCGUUGUCGACAUCAAACCUCCUCAUCAAGAGAUGAAGUCCGCCAAGACCAAGGCCAACCUCACUCUGUCGCCCAUCACGUCCGUUGCUGACAUCAAGCCCUCUCAUCAAGAGAUGGAGUCCGCCGAGCCCAAGGCCAAACUCAAACUCGCUCUUUCCCACAUCAUACCUGUUGUCGACACCAAGCCCCCUCGCCAAGAGAUGAAGCCCGCCGAGCCCAAGGCCAAAUUCACUCUUUUUCCCAUUGUAUCUGUCGACACCAAGCCCCUUCACCUCGAGACAAAGCCUGUCAAGCCCGAGCCCAAGCUCACGCUUUCCCUCAUCCCGUCUAUCGACAUCAAGCCCCGUCAUCAAGAGAUGAAGCCGGAAAGGGCAGCGGAGUGCCCCGUCAGGGCCGUCACUCCCGCGGCUUCGGCAAGCAAGGAAGUGGCCACGGACGAUGCUGGUGACUCGCAGAACCGCUCCGAGUCGUUGGUGACGGUCCCCAGUGUUCGGGCAACUGAGGAAACGAAAGUCCAAGUUCCCAUGGAGAAGGUCCCCGUUCUUCUGAAGGAGGAGGAGCAUGUCGUCCCUCGGCAGGAAGAGGUGACGGCUGAGAAUCCAGUUGCCGACUCGGCUAUGUCUAAGCAAGUCGAUCCCGUGCCGGCUCAGCUUCCUAACUCAAAUCGCGUGGUCUUCACUGGCGGCGGCCCCCCAAGGGAGGAAGCGGUCAAGCCGGUUUUCAACUUCACACCAACCUCCAUUCCGGCUCUCCGAGUCCCUGCCCUGUCCAAGCCUAGGAUUCGUCUAAUCACUAGGCCAGUCCAAAACGUCGUCGACAAGCCCCAGUUUAGCCAGGGCGGCCCUCCGACUAGUCAACCUGCCUCCUCGGAUGACACGGAGAUCUACGACGCGACGCCUCCCGGUACGCCUCGCAACAAGAAACCUGCCGCCAUUGCCAGCAACGACAACGAGGAAGUCGAUAUGCUGGAUGCUCCCACAUUCGGGCCAUUGAUCCAGAAUCCACCUCCCCCCCAGGCAACGAAAGUAAAGGAAGUAAACAUGACCGACCCGCCCCGGCAGCCUUCCCCGGCUAUUGGACAGGCAAAGCCAGCCCUCGACACAGAAAUGGGAGAUGCCCCCCUUCACGCGCCAGCCCAGCCUUCAAGGCCCAGUCCCCAACCCCGCCCGAAAAAGGAGGAGGAGGAGGAGGAGGAGGAGAAGCUCUCUCCAGCUGAGGUGGUAACCGCUUUUCUCAAGAUCCGCUGCCACCGCGAAUCGGCCGAGUUGUUCGAAGAACCGCUCAAGGGUUCCCGGCUCCGUCGCCGUCGCCAAAGAUAUGGGGAUUGGCUGAGCGCUGUGAAGGCCGAGUUCUCAAUGGAAAGCGACCACCCGGUCACCAAGCCGGUUACCUCGCAGGUGACGGAAGUCGUUCCCGCGAAGAACGACAUUGCUCUCCCAGCCUCUCCGGCUCCUCAACGCCCGGCUCCUACUUGUUCCAAUCAUAACACGGUCUCGGCUCCGAAGGAUGCGGCACCGGUUCCGAAAUAUACGGUUCCGGCUGCUACAAGUACCACCCGCCCUCGCCCCCGGCUUCCCCCUACCCCCCCUCCUGCUCAUCCUCGUACGCCUAUCGCUCUUCCUUCUACGCCCGGUACUGCCGCUCCCUCGGAUUGCCAGACGCCUAAGCCGGCUCGCCAGAAGUCGCCCGACCCGACUCCACCGUUGCAGACGCCCCAGGGCAAAGCAACGGGGUCAGGGCCCGUCGACUCGCCAUCGACGGUGGCAUCUUCUCCUGCUGGAUCCCAGAAGAAGAUUGUCAGACGGCCAAAGACCAGCUCCCUAUGCGCCUCUCGCGCUGAUCUUCAGAAGCGCCAGUGCAAGGUUGGUUCUGGCCGAGUCGAAGCCCUGAGAAGGGAAGAUUCCCUUUCUCCUAAUGGCAAGUCUUCUCCGGUUCGGGAAGCCUCCCUUGAGCCGGCAACGCCCGCGCCCAAGCGUGUGGCUGAGGAAACGACAGAAGACUCGCCUUCUCCUAUGGGUGGUGCGCCGGCCCCGGCUCCGAGUCGACCUCCUCCCGCUCCUCCCGCGGAGCGCCCAGUACUCCCAUCCGGAUCCGGAUCCGCAACCUCCGAGCCCAGCAAACAGCAACCUGACCCCCCGGCGACAUCUUCUCUCGCGCCGGAGCCCGUGUUCCAGUUCAGGUCUAACAACAACCGCCCUAUGCGGAGGCUGCGCGGCACCCCUGCCACAGCCGAGCAACGCGAACAGGCCAGGAGGGAGAUGGAAGCUGCAGAGCAGGCUCGGAAGGAACAGUACGAGGAGGCGCAGCGCAAGGUGCUGGCGCAGGGACGGACCGCCCGCAAGGAGCCCGGGAACACCUACGGGAAGGGACAGACCGCCCGCAAGGAGCCCCGGAACACCUACAGGAAGGAGAAACGCACCAAGGACCGGGUGUCCGAGGAGGAAGACACCGUGAUGAGGGACGACGAGGUCGAGAGACACCGUGAUGAGGGACGACGAGGUCGAGAGACGCGUUCGGGAUCUCACUCGUACGCUCUUCUAUCAGGUGGUUCCGGGCGAGUAUCCGGACGCGACGCGGGAAAAGGCCGUGGAACGCGCGGCGCAGGUGUGGCGGCGUUUCGCGAGGGAGUGGGACAUCCUGUCCAACCCUACCCGCAAGCAGUUCGAUACGGCGGCCAUCAGUUGGAUGGACGACAUGAUGGAGGAGCUGGUCAACGCCGGGAUCUUCUACGAGGAAGACUGCGUGUCGUUGCUGGAGAGGUGGCGGGAAGUGGCUGGCUUCCGAGCCGGGGUGACGGUAACGUCCGGUCCGGCCCCGAGGGCAACGCUUCGGCCGAUGUCUUCUUGAUCCGCCCUUUACCUCCAUGGGCGCGACGAAUCCCAUUUAUAAGGGACUCUGGGAGAGCGGGGGGAAAAAGGAAAAAAAAAAGCAACAAAAAAAAAAGCAAAACGAGAAACCAACAAAAAAAAAAAAGAGGAAUGCAAGGGGUUUCGCUAUUUUUAUCAGGACCUGUCGGAGUAUUGAACCACAUCAGCAUCAGGUUCUUAUCAGCCUGCAUUCUUACCGCCAUCACACGAGAACUCAGCCGAGAUGUCGUGCUCUUUCUCUCUUUACCGUUGGGCGGAUGAUGCUCUCAUCGACUCUUCACCUUGGUCCACCCGCUUGUACCAGAACCAGAACCAGAGCGCGGUCCUCUUUGAGACGACGCGGGAACGUUGUCUGUUUUGCUUGUUUUGGUUUCCCCUUCUUGUCUCGACACCGGCCCAGCCACGUUGACGACGCUGCCACCGUCAAGUGCGUCAUCGC